AUGAUCCGGAAGAAAUCAAUACGAGACGGCGUGGAGAAAGUCAGUCGGCCAUCAUCAACGUCAUUACCAGGACCCCACUCGCAGCCCAAGCCUUCACCUCUGAAUCAGAUCGCGCAUGUACCGCUACCAGCUACCAGCUACUCGACGUACCAGUCUACCUCGCCACCCCCUGGCCUGGCCCAAGUCUGGCUGGCUUUGCUUGACCUCACCUCACCUCCCCUCAACCUGGAUCCGGGAGACGAGAAACGAUCAACAACACUGUCCAAAACCGUGUCAAAAACCGGAAACCUAGAAGCCGGAAUUCAGCGAAUGACAUCGUCGCCCACCUUGGGACUUGGGGGUCGUGCUGCGCAACCGCCGUUACCAUCCGAGCUCGGUGGCGCCAUCACAUCAAAAUGGCGGAAUCUAGCAAGCCAGGAAAGCCACGAAGCCAUCAUCCUACCCAUCUUUUGGGAUCUCUUGUAUCUCUUGGAUCUCUUGGCUUCAAUGACCACCACUCGGGCAUCCGAAGAGCACCAGCUGGAGGAUAGCAGCAGGUUCACCAGGUGGCCGCAGCGGCCUCUGCAGCAGCUACUGCUCAAGCUCAAUCCUCGCCGUUUCCUCUCCGGAUCCAAGCACAAGCACAAGGGCAAGGACAAUGACAAGGACAGGCCGACGCAAAAGAUCCAGAUCCGCUUCUCCUAUUUGGCCCUCUUCAGGCCAAUGCAACAAGACCUCGAGUCGAAAUUCCUCUUGUUCGCUGCCAUAGUCCUGGCUAUUGCUGCCGGCGCUCCUCUGCCGAUCAAUGGAGUUAUCCUUGCCAGAAUCAUUGAUGCAUUCCCUCCGUCGGAGGAGGAAGUCAAACACAGGGUCACUCAGCUGCUUGGAGUCGCCGUUGCAUAUUUCUUGCUCACGUGGGGUUGGGCAUUCUGCUGGGGAAUUGUGGGGGCUCGGAUCUCCAGAGGGCUCCGAAUCCAGCUGGUCGAUCGGGCUCUAGGCCUCGACCAGACCUACUAUGAGAUGGAAUGUCCAGAUAUCACCAGCCGCUUGACGGUAGAUGCGCAGACAGUACAAGCAGGAACGGCUGAAAAGGUUGGCUUCUUCAUUCAAUCAUGCAGCUAUUUCGCCGCAGUUUUCAUCGUGGCAUUCUACCUCAAUGCCAAACUGGCGGGAAUCUUGUUUGCGGCCGUCAUACCCUCCUUGGCACUGGUCGUCGUUACCGGGACGUCCGUCUUGAGUCGCUAUUCCCAGGAGGCUUCGGAGCGCACCACCUCCGCCGCAUCGAUCGCGGAAAGUGCCAUCAAGGCGGUCCAGGUGGUGCAAGCCUUUGACGCCUUUGAUUCCCUGACCGGGGAUCAUCGAAAUCACCUGGACGUGGCACGGAGGGCCGGGGUGAAGAAAGCCGUUGCCGGUGCGGUGCUUCUGGGGAGCAUCUUUUUCAUUGCAUACGCAGCCAACGCUCUCGCUUUCUGGCAAGGGGCCCGCCUUGUCCGAGAUAGCAUGGGCCAGGGAAGCGCAGGUACAGUCUUCGCUAUCGUCUUCCUCAUCGUCGAUGCCUCUUUGGUAAUGGGUGCCGCUGGACCUUACAUCCAAUCCUUUUCUCAUGCCGCUUCAGCUGGGAGCAGAAUUCUGAAUCUCAUCGAUCACCCCGAUUUGCCAAUUGAUGUCUACUCCAAGGAAGGCCAUCAGGCCGACGGCGAGACUUUCGGACCAGAUAAGAAGAUUGUAUUCUCCGAUGUCAGUUUCGCUUACCCGGCUCGAUCGAUGGAGACGGUCCUGGCAUCCGCUAGUUUCAGCAUUGAGACUGGAUCAACUGUCGGCAUUGUCGGGGCCUCGGGGAGCGGCAAAUCGACGAUUGCGGCUUUGUUGCUCAGACUCUACGACCCCACUCAGGGCUCAAUUACCGUCGAUGGCCGUGCCAUACCGGACUACAAUCUCGCCAGCCUUCGAAGACAAAUCGCUCUCGUCGAUCAGGAUCCCGCGAUAUUCUCGGGCACGGUCUACUCUAACAUCCGAGAUGGCUACAGGGGGCCAGAGUUGUCUGAUGACGAGAUGCGAGGGAGAUGCGUGGAGGCUGCCAAAGCUGCUGAUGCGUGGUCUUUCAUCCAGGCCCUACCAGAGGGUCUCGACACCUGGUUGGGAGAACCAACCGGAACGAAAGUUUCAGGUGGACAGAAGCAACGUCUUUGCUUAGCGAGAGCCUUGGUGGGGGACCCACCUCUCUUGAUCUUGGAUGAGGCAACCAGCGCUCUGGAUACGAUCAGCGAGGCAUCAAUUCUCGAAGCACUGGAUACAACCAGAUCGAUGGGAAACAGGACAACAAUCAUGAUCGCCCAUCGUCUGGCCUCGGUCAGGUCAGCAGAUAAGAUCAUCGUCAUGGGGAAAGGUCGUAUUCUCGAGCAGGGGAAGCAUGAAGAGCUCAUGCAGAGAGAAGGCGGCGCGUAUCGCCAACUCGUUGAAGCGCAGAGACUUACGUCCGAUUCCUCCAAUGAUUCCUCGGUAUCAAGCAAAUCUGAAGCUAUCUCCGAAGAGAGCCACGGCGGCAAGGAAGAAGUCGUCACGUAUUCGGAUGAGCCCGAAAACUCGUCGUUGGAAGGCGUCAAAGAACCAUUCGGUACGUUUACUAUCGUAGAGAGGUGUCUAGCCCUCAGUAGGUCGCGAGUCUUUUUCACCAUACUCGCCCUCGUUGGAUCUGUCACCACAGGCGCUCUGGUCCUCGGCGAGUCAAUCAUUUUCGGAAAUCUCAUCCAACUCCUCAACGGAAACGUGUCUUCCAGCCGAGUAGACUUCUUCUGUCUCAUGUUCUUCGUCGUUGCAAUCGCUGCCCUGCUUGGUCACGCCACCUCCGGCUCCUGCUUCGGGAUCGUCUCGGAGCACCUCAUCUUCCGGACCCGGGACAUUUCUCUUGGGACAAUCCUUCGACAAGAUAUGGAUUGGUUUCUACAACCUGGAAGAUCAGCCUCCGCGCUCACGUCAGUCAUCAGCAUGGAUGCUGGCCACCUGAGUGGGCUCUCGGGUGUCAUCAUCGGUACUACGGUUUCUGCCCUCGUCUCUGUGGUCGGAGGAGCUGUCCUUGCCCAUGUCGUUGCUUGGAAAAUCGCCAUUGUUCUCUUUGCGUGCUCUCCCGUCGUGGUCCUCGCAGGGUUCCUGCGCCUCCGCGUCCUCGCUAAAGUUGAGGAGAAGAACCAGCAUGCUUACACCGAAGCCGCAUCACUAGCAUCAGAAGCCUGCUCCAAUAUUCGCACAGUUGCAGCUCUCGGGACAGAAAAGCUCACGUCUGAGAGGUUCUAUGCUGCGAUUGGCAAAUUUCAGAAGGAAACGUUCAAGGGAACUGCUUUUGGAAAUUUGAUCCUGGCCUUUGCUCUUGCAAUCACGUGGGGAGCAAAACAUGUUCGCUCGGGCGAGUACACCAGCCUCCAAUUCUUCAUCGUCAUGCCUGCAAUUCUCGCCGCGGCGCAAGCAGCCGGACAGAUCUUCUCUCUGGCUCCUGACAUUGCACGCGCAAAGGGCGCUGCGUCUCGCGUCUUUGCAUUGCACGAUCAAAAACCCACCAUCGAUACCCAGUCCUCCUCCCCUUCCGCCACGACGACUCUACCUCCUAUCUCUCCAUCCACCACAUCCUCCACCUCACUCUCUUCAUCGCGAGAAAAAGCCAGUCCAACAGGUGCCAUAACCUUCCGCAAUGUCUCCCUCACCUACGCGACCCGGCCCUCCGCCCCAGCAAUCGCCAAUCUCAAUCUCGCCAUCCGGGCUGGCGAGACGGUGGCCUUGGUAGGCCGUUCCGGGGCCGGCAAAUCCUCUGCCAUCUCCCUGAUCGAGCGCUUCUACGAUCCUACCUCUGGCUCCAUCCUCUUGGACGGCGUCGAUAUCAAAUCCGUCCCCGUUUCGGAGCACAGAGCACGAAUCAGUCUCGUAGCGCAAGAUCCCGAUCUCUUUGCCGGGACUGUUGCUUUUAAUGUGGGCAUCGGCGCGCGGCCCGGCCACGUUGCUUCCAUCGAAGAGGUCAUCGCAGCCUGCAAAGCCGUGGGGAUCCACGAAUUCAUCUCCUCCCUCCCCGACGGCUACUCGACCCAAUGCGGCACCAACGGCUCCCAGCUCUCGGGCGGGCAGAAGCAGCGUGUCGCCAUCGCCCGCGCAUACAUUCGUAACCCCGAGAUCUUGCUCCUCGAUGAGGCCAGCUCGGCGCUGGACUCGCAUUCCGAGGCGCAGAUCCAGGAGGCGAUCUCGAAGGCGAGCAGGCAGAGGACCACGAUUAUGAUUGCGCAUCGUUUGACGAGUGUGCAGAGGGCGGAUCGGAUCUUGGUAUUUGAUCAGGGCAGGGUGGUGGAGGAGGGACGGCAUGAGGAACUGGUCAAGAUGGGGGGUAUCUAUGAGCAGAUGGUCAAGGCGCAGACUCUGGGAUGA